GGCAGUUGAUCGCUCUCGUUCUUCUCGCUCUUCUUCCUCUUCCUCCCUGUGCGUCUGCUCUUUCUCUCUUGCUGCAUUGCCUGGCUCCGGUUUUGGUUUCGUGUCGAUUUUAGGUCGCGACCCCCUCCUAUAAGACUCCUCGUCCUCCUCCUCUUCCCUUCUGCCUCUUGUUUUUAUCUCCCCGAGAGAAAAGCUCCCCCAGGCCCGGAAAAUUUUAUACUCUUCAUUUCUGCCCCGAGGACGCCCAACCAGCCCAAUCCCCCUAAAUCAAAAUGUCUCCCGCUAUGGCCCAAGCCGGUGCCGGCUCUGCCUCCAAGGAUGUCAAGAGAGAAUCUGCGACUGCCCGUCUUCUGGGUUCCGGAUCGGCCGGAAUUGCGGAGCUGAUGAUUUUCCAUCCUGUUGAUACCAUCUCCAAGCGGUUGAUGAGCAACCAGACCCGGAUCACCUCCACUGCUGGCCUGAACCAGGUUGUCUUCAAGGAGUACGCCUCCGCCUCCGCCGGCACCAAGUUCACCUCCCUCUUCCCCGGUUUGGGUUACGCCGCUGGUUACAAGGUUCUCCAGCGUAUCUACAAGUACGGUGGUCAGCCCUUCGCCCGUGACUACCUGGCUAAGCACCACGGCGCCGACUUCGACAAUGCAUUCGGCAAGGGUACCGGCAAGGCCAUCAUGCACGCCACUGCUGGAAGUUUGAUCGGUAUCGGAGAGGUCGUUCUGCUGCCCCUGGACGUUCUCAAGAUCAAGCGUCAGACUAACCCCGAGGCUUUCCGCGGCCGUGGUCUGUUCAAGAUCAUCUCGGAUGAGGGUAUGGGACUGUACCGUGGCGCUGGCUGGACUGCGGCCCGUAACGCUCCUGGAUCCUUCGCUCUCUUUGGUGGUUCUGCCUUCGCCAAGGAAUACAUCUACAGCCUCAAGGACUACAACUCGGCUACCUGGGGUCAGAACUUUGUUGCUUCCAUCUGCGGUGCCAGUGCCUCUCUGGUUGUGUCGGCUCCUCUGGAUGUGAUCAAGACUCGUAUCCAGAACCGCAACUUCGAGAACCCCGAGUCCGGCUUCCGUAUUCUGUCCAACAUGGUCAAGAACGAGGGUGUCACCAGUUUCUUCAAGGGUCUGACGCCUAAGCUUCUGAUGACUGGACCCAAGCUCGUUUUCAGCUUCUGGCUGGCUCAGACGUUGAUCCCCGCCUUCGGCCAGGUCGUAUAGACGAUGACGAUAAUCCGAUCAUAAUAGCGAGCGCCUUUUUCUUUCCCCCGGUUCGGGGUUUCUUUUAACAUUCUUACUCCAUGUUCGAUUCCAGGGCUUUAUGGUGCUGUUAUAGAGCAUUCUGUUAGGCCUUCGUGUAUUUAUGAUAGACUCUUUCCCUUCGUCUCUGUUCCGAGUUACGGGUGCAAGAUGGUAUGUUAUUGGAUAUGAAUACAACUCCUCUUAAUAUGGCAUGCCUUUAUGACGGUCAAACAUUGCAUCUUGAAAUAAUUACUACAAGCUCCG